UUUACCCGAAGAAAUGUUAAACAGGUAUACCCGAUAAUAGGCAUCAGAUUGUUUGAUUUUCUGACAAACAUUUUUCUAAAACACUGCGAGUAAAAACAGAUGCAGAAAAAUUGUUGAAAUUCAAAGGCAAAUGAAGAAUGACUACUAACUGAAGAUGAGUGAAGCUUUUAUUUUAAAUUGGUUAAAGUGAAGCAUUUAUUUGAAAUUGAUAUAUUUCUCAACAGUUGAUGAAGUUACAUCUAGUUAUAUCAAGUUUAUCUAGUAAGAAAUUUAAAUAAUGGUUGUUGUUUCAUGGCGCUGAUACAAAGUGCUAUUUUAACAAGAGAAGGAAAAAAGUGGAAGCAACGAUGGGCUGUGUUAAAAAAAGUUUCUCCAAAAGUUGGUCAUGAAUCAUAUUGCUACUUGCUUCUUUAUAAAGAUGCAUCUCAUGCUCAAGCUGGAAAAGAGAAACUUAGUUUACCCCUAAUUGAUUUCUGUGGAAUGAAUUCAGACCAACAUUACGAUAAAAUAGAAAAUGUUUUGAUUAUCAUCACACUUACACAAACAAUGUUUUUAUCUUUUAGUCAAAAAACAGUUUUUAAGCAAUGGAUAAACUUACUCUUGGCACACUUUGGAGAAUCUGUGACUUUCGAUAUUUCUAUUCCGGAUAAGCAAUGUUUAAAAUCUGGUCAUGCUACAAUUCGUUUAUAUUCUACCUUCUUUUCAAUAAUAACUAACAAGCACUACAAAUGCAUUAGUCGUUGGUUUUCAAAUGAUAUUUUGCGUUAUUCUGCAUUAGACAACUCUCAUUUUUUUUUUGAAAUUGCUACCAAGUCUAAAAGUCAAAUUGUAAAUCUUUUGGUUCCUAACAAUGCUUAUGAAAUUGCAAAAGCAUUUGAUAUUAAUACCAAUCAAAAUGGCAGUGAUGACACUGAAAUGGUGCGUAGCGAUGAUUUUCGUGGUUCAGGAUUUUUAGAUGAUUUACAACGAGCUAAGCGUAAUGUUGGUGACCAAAAUUUUUUUCAACGUGUUAUUCUACGUGCAAGUAAUCAUAUGAAACGUAAAAAAAAAAAUAAAAAGCAAAACACUACAGCAAAACAUUUUAGUUCAAUUAACGAUGAGUCUAAGUUUCGCAGUUUAGAUAGACAUAAAAAUAUUAAUAUUAUUUUGGAUCCAGAAAGCAUGAAUGAAGUUAUUCAAUUAUCACGGUGUCAAACUCAUCCUUUAUCACAGGCCCCUCCACCCUUACCUCAGAAGAGUUCGCACAUUAAUUCAGUGAGUAGUUCACUUAACGAUCAUCAUACAAAAGAUAUUUUACACGUUGAUUUUGAAGAAAAAAAGCAAUGUUUAAAAAGUAAUUUAUCCAAUACUGGGGAUAUUGUUAUUAAGAAAAAAAGUUCUUCACAAAAUGAAGUUGAAAAACUUGAUUUAAAUGAAGAUACAAAUAAAGAAAUUGAUUCAAAUGAUUGCCAAACUGAUAAAAGUGAUACCUUUAGCUCUCUUCAAUACAAAUCUGCAGAACGCACAACAGGAUAUAAGCCGACAUCAAGAGCUUCUCUUGGAAAAAUUAGAAAGACAAGUAUAAAGCAAAAUGAAUCAGAACAAAUGCCAACACCUCCUCCUCGAUCUCCAAUUAGUCUUGGACAAUCGGUUUUUAAUUUUUCUAAUGAGAAUCUUGAUAAAGUUGAAAAUAACUUAAAUAAUUUAGAAACAGUUACAUAUGUCUUAGAUAGUAACUUAGUUAAAUCAAAUGACUGCACUGUCUUAAACCAAAAUAAUGUUUCUUCAUUUAAAGAUAAAAAAACUUGUUUAACUGAAAACGAACCUGUUUAUGGUAAUGUUGACGUUUUAAAUCUUAGUGAUGAUAAUGUAUUUUUUGUAAAUACUGAUAGAACUAUACCGCGCAGAAAAAAUAUUUCAGCAAAACAUUUAUCAGACCCAAUUAGUGUUGAAACAUGGAAAAUGGCAACCGGGGAUGGUCCUAUUGUAGACUAUGUUAAUGUAAAAGGACGAAAGGGAAACAGUUUAAAUGAUUCAUUGGAUUUUGAUAGAAACAAUAAAAAUACUAACAUAAAUCGCAAGCACCACAGUGAUGAGGAUAGCGACUCUUAUGUGAAUGUGAGUUCAGAUCAAGUUCAUAAUUCAAAAUUAGUGAAAGCUUUACAUUUAAAAAACUAUAAAAAUGAAUUUGAAAAGUAUGAUGACGAAGAUCCUAGCAUAUAUCAUGCUGUAAGGGCUCUAAAAGAUGAGCGCUUAAGUCAUAGUUCUGAUGCUGUCACAUAUGGGGAUGGAUCCUACGAAAAUGUUAAUAAUGUGACACGGACUAAACAAACCAGUGACUAUUUGAAUCUCAUGUCUCCAAAAACUAAAAUUCAAAAUGUUAAUCGCUUAAACUACAUUAUGGUAAGUGGUAAAGAUCCAUAUCGCGGGAAUAAUAAAACAAGUCCUGUAUCACCUGUACAUAGUACAUCAAAGCCUCAAACUGAAAUGUAUGAAAGAAGUGAAUACACGCGCAUUGAUGAGAACAUGACUGGAGCAUUAAAUCGGUCAAUGUUAGAACACCAACAACAGCGUGAUAAAAACAGAACACCUUCUAAGUUAUCUAAGUAAAAUAAAUUUUUUAUGGAUAUAAUUCAAACGGUUUUGAUUUUAGAAAGUUCUCUCUUCUGACAGAUUUUGUAUCAAUUUUAAUUAAGUUAUUUUAAUGUUUUAACUUUUACCAGUUUGUUUUUUUUCUAAUUGAAAUAACUCUGAUGAUUCUCUUUUUAUAACUUUUGUGGUUUUCUAGUAACUAACUUUUUUUUAGUUAACUAUUUUUUAUUUAUUUUACACUUCACUUUUUUCAAAAUUUUUCAAGGUUUCUCUUGUAAAUGAUGUUUGCUUAGAAUGCUUUUACAGAGUUAUAUUUAAUCUUUUGUAACAUAGUUUGUAUGAUAGAAGAUUUUUUUUUUCGCAA